AUGCCGUCUCAAAUACCAACCUCAAUUCCUCGCUAUAGUUUCAUGGACGAUUAUAGCGAGGGUGCACAUCCCGCUCUUCUCAAAGCUUUGAUCACCAGCAACACAACCCAAGAAACCGGCUACGGAGGCGAUACAUACUGUGAUCUCGCACGGCAGCGAAUCCGUCGCCAUCUCGGCCGCGACGACGUUGGCAUAUUCUUCGUGCCGAGCGGGACAUCAGCCAAUGCCAUCUCCAUCGCCGCAUGUCUCCGGCCUCAUGAAGCCGUCAUCGCUGCUAGCUCUGGCCAUAUCGUGACGAGGGAGACAGGCGCGGUAGAAGCAAGCGGUCAUAAAAUCAUCAACGUCACACCUCAGAAUGGAAAGCUCACGCCUGCGACGAUCGAGCGUGCGCUAGAUGAUAAUUGGCAUUUUCCUCACAUGGCGAAACCUCGGCUGGUGUAUAUAUCCAAUGCAACUGAGAUCGGGACCAUAUACUCUCGCGCCGAACUCGCAGCAAUAAAACAAGUCUGUGAAAAGAACGGUCUCAUUCUCUUCCUCGACGGCGCUCGGAUCGGCACCGCUCUCGCCUCAAAAGCAAACGACAUGACCCUCUCCGACAUACUCGAACUCACAGACAUCUUCUGGAUAGGCGGCACAAAAAACGGCGCCCUUCUGGGCGAAGCCGUCGUCGUGAAAGACGCCCGCCUCUCGUCCGAGUUCGAAUUCUACGUCAAGCAGCACGGCUCCCUCCUCGCAAAAGGUCGUGUCAUCGGCGCGCAAUUCGCAGAGCUCUUCGAGGGAGAUCUGUACUUUGAAUUAGCGCGCAAGGCGAAUUUGGCUGCUGAGUCGUUAUCGAGUGGUAUAGCGCAGGGAGGAUUUUCGGUAUAUGCUGCGACGGAGACGAAUCAGGUUUUUGCGGUGCUGCCGUUGAGUUUGAUCAAGGUGCUGAAGGAGAGCUUUAGUUUCUAUGUUUGGGAGAAGUGCGGUGAUGAUGAGGCUGUUAUCAGAUUGCUUACGACGUGGGCGACGGAGGGGGCGCAGGUUGAGAGGUUUGUGGAGAUGGUGCAUUCUUGGACUGUGUAG